AUGCAGCAACCUUGGAAGUUGCGCGUUCUUGCGCUAUGUCUUGCGACGUCGCUGUCGGGUGUUUCUGCGCAGGACUUUUCUACAACGGCAGGUAAUGAGACCUCAACAGACUUGGGUUUCGUGGCGCCUUCAACUGAGGUUGCUCUCCUUGAGACAACUUCUUCACAGGCUAUUGUUGACCAAGCUACUUCGUCUGCUACCUCUGCAGCGCAAGUGAAGGGCCUUACGACUUCUGUGGAUGAGGAGACAACUCAGAUUAAUGUUGCUCCUGCUUCAAGCGAUGAGAGCAGUCAGGCUGUAGAGCCUACAACAAACGUUGCUCCUCCAGCUGGAACAACAGAGUCUGCUGGUGUUGGUGUCGAGACAUCUUCUCACCCCGAGCAGUUGCCUGAUACUGCAACCACCGACAACAACAUCCCCGUUAACACCGCCACUGGCCAUCCAGUGUUUCCUAACCCCAACACCCAAGAGACUGAGCCUGGGACACAGUCCACUGACGCUGCUUCUGUGGAUCAGACCUCAACAGAACUUACUGGUGCUCCGUCUGAGGCCACUACCCUUGCCACCAAUGCUGCCACUGAUGCACAGCCCCCCAUUGUCUCUACCGAGUCAACUGAGGCCGUCGAGCCUACAAGUCAGGCUGCUGAGCCAACUACUCAACUCCCUCUCCCCGAGGCCACCACUGAGAUCUCUGCGGCUGCUCAGCUUACAACUGAAAAGGCACCUGAGGUCUCAACUGACUCUGCCCCUGUUCCCAUCAUCGAGUCUACUACCGAAGUGAAGGCUCCCGAGCCCUCCACUUCUGACGAGGCUCAAGCGCCUGUUGAGUCCACCACCGACAAGGCUAACCCUACGACCGAGGAGAAGCCGGAAACAGAGCCUACAACUGAGUCCAAGGAUGCUGAGAAGCCUACCACUCAGGCUCCUGGUCCCAAACCCACAACUGAGGAUGCUGGCUCAAACGAGCCAACCACAAAGAACGAACCUGGUCAGACCGGUGCUCCCAACGAGCCUGAGAAGACCACUGCCCCUCCCAAGCCUACCACUACUGAGGACGGUAUUGUAACUGGUUCCAACGGUGCUGUAGUGACUUAUGUCCCUGAGCAGGACAAGGACUUCUCUGACUUUACAGGUACCACCACCACUACUGACGAUGGUGGUGCUGCUAUCGUCAUCUUCCCCGGUGGUUGGUUCUGGAAGCCCUCUGGUAACCUCCCUGGUGGUAUUCUGCCCCCUCCUCCUGGUACCAACCCUGCUGGAGCUGGUGGUGGUACUCCUGGUGGCGGUAGCGAGGGAGAAGGUGAGGAUGACAAGAACGAGACGAAGAAGGAGGAUGAAGAGCAGUCCACCAAGGAGGAGGAGAAGUCAACUGCUGAGCCCUCCACUGUCGAGACUACGGCUAAGACCACUGAAGCUACCACUACUACUGAGGCUUGCUCCGCUGUUGAGAUCGAGGACUGCACCAGGACCAUCUCUUACUACACCACCGAUGGAACCGUCACUCAUACCGAGUUUGGUGACUGCCCUACUGUCGCCAGCUGCGCAACUGGUACCCAAGCUACCUCCACCGAGACCGUGUCUGCCGAGGCGGAAGAAGGUGAGGAGCUCGACUUCGAAGAGCUGGAGAGCGAUAUUCCUGAUGACUUUGACUCUGAGCCUGACGAGGAGACCGUCGACGCCCUUGAGGAUGCUUUGGAUGAGGGACUUGGUGCUGGAGCGACCACCACUGAGGAGCCUACGGCUUCGUCUACUGGUACUGAGACCACCGGCGAGGCUACUUCCACCGAAGCUGGGACUACCAGUGAUACCAAGACUGAGGAGACUUCUUCAGAGGCUACGACUGAGCGAACUACUACUAUCCCCAGCACUCUCAUCACAACUACCCGUAACACCGAAUCCUCCAACGAGUCUUCCGGUACAACUUCUGAUGGCACUACUACCCAGCUCACAUCUUCUGACAUGAUCACCUCCACCACCGCCACAACCACGAUGCGCACUUACUACCCCUGCGUUCCCCACGGCGGCCCUCGCGUCGAGACUCCCUACUGCAACUGCGAGACUACCAGCGACGGCGAACAAUACGUCGUCACGGCGCCCAUGAUCUCAGGCCAGUGCGCAGACUACACCGAGUUCCCCAUGAGCUUAUACACAACGCCCCCUCCUGCGCCUGAGCCCACUGUCUUCAAUGAGCCCUUUACUCGCACCGACGCUGGUACUGUUCUCGUUUACGAGUCCUACUCGCUUAGUUACUUCGCCGUCAACACCAUCAAAGUCACUGCCACUGUCGGUCUUGGCGAAGCAUCUACUGUGUCAACACCUCUCCCCACCGCUACGAACUGGAACGGCGAUGGAUCAAGCAUAUGCAGCAGUGGUGAUAAGAACGUUCGCAACGCUGUCGCUGGUGCUUGCGAAGCUGCGCUGAAUAAGUUUGAGGAUGAUACUCUGUAUACUGACUAUGUUUCUCGAUAUGAGCGUAUGGGAAGUAUUCUCAAGGUGCUUACUUUCGGUAAGGCUGGUUGUACGGUUCAGUUCUCUUGCGAUGAUUAUGGUAUUGGAAUGAAGGGCAAGGACAUUAAGGAUCUACGCCGACAGCAAGAUGGCUUGACACGUUGCGGCAACAUUGACUUGUCUAACUCGUGCAAGAUUCACAUCGACUACUGCACGGAAUGUCAUCACGAUGGUUAG